AUGGUGAUCAAGGCGCCCAUAUCGCCUGCAUUAACCUUCCUCUCCUCGCUUCCAAGGCCCACGCGUCGGUGGAUCGCGCGAGUGUUAAGCAUAACCCCGGACCAGGGACUGCGGCCAUACCACGCGGCAGUGUGGCCCUCCUACGGCAUCACAACCCCGGUCCCCGACCACCUCGACUCCGGUCUUGCACGAUCGCCCUUUCGCUUCGAGACUGGCUAUGCCCUCUGCGCCAAACGACCGUCCCGCCCGUUCCCCCCACCGUUCCUGUCCCCGCCAUCCUCGUCCUUUUCCGAUCCCUUGACUACCCACGGGCUGAGCCAGGAUAAGAGAUUAUCCGUCAAGGGUGAGCUGAUCCGCGGGCUGAACAAUGGAGACGAUGCGAUCAUCGUCGCCGAGACCUUUCUAGGCGUUGAUGAUGGUGUCGGCGCCUGGGCCACUAAACAGCGGGGCCAUGCGGCACUCUGGUCCAGAUUACUCCUUCACUUUUGGGCUCUCGAGGUGGAAAAUGAAGACCACCACACUACCACCCUAGAUCCCGUUGAAUACCUGCAGCGGGCCUACGAAGAAACCCUGCUGGCAACCACAUCCCCAACGGAGUGGCUGGGGACCACGACAUCGGCCACCGCUCUUCUACACUGGACCCUCGGAGACGAUGGUACCCAGACCCCGCUGCUGUACGUCACAAACCUAGGUGACUGCAAGGUCCUGGUGAUCCGGCCGAGCGAAGAGAAGAUAUUGUUCCGGACUGCUGAGCAAUGGCACUGGUUCGACUGCCCGAUGCAGCUGGGCACCAACAGCGCGGAUACGCCGCGCAAGGAUGCUGUGCUGUCCACAAUUGUCCUACAGGAAGACGAUAUCGUGCUGGCGCUCUCAGACGGAGUCAUGGAUAACCUGUGGGAGCACGAGGUGCUCAAAAUUAUCCUGGACAGCGUCAAUAAAUGGGACAAAGGGCGCACCGAUGCUCCCAGUGUAGCCCCCACGCCAGAUUUGUCCGACAACCGUAUGGUCUAUGUGGCUCGUGAGCUGCUAAAUGCUGCUCUGAGUAUUGCCCAAGAUCCAUUCGCCGAGAGUCCGUACAUGGAGAAGGCGGUUGACGAGGGCUUGGCUAUUGAAGGGGGCAAAAUGGACGAUAUCUCUGUUGUGGUUGCGUCCUGCAAGAAGCGAGAUGGGUGA